CAGGGACAUCCAAUCCACACCGUUGGUUUUGUUGACAUCAAGAUCACUGACAGCAGGCUAAAGAGCAUUUACUGCCAAUUAGCUUUAUAGGUUAUCACACUGUAUCAAGAUUCUGGUUACCAUUUCCUGUCUGGAGAAACCCUAGCAGUGCUGGUUUUGGCAUUCCAUUCUCUCCCACUGUAUCAAAAAAUUCGGUCAAUGUAGAUAACGUCUCAAAACCCUAUCUCAGUAUCGAAAUUGAUUGCAGGAGAAGGCCAUUUCCAUGGAAACUGGAGGAGGUAGCAGUGAAAGCCCCGUGGAACCAAAGAAAGGCAAAUCCAAGAUUCCCAGAAAGGCCAAAGAAAGCCUUCUGAAGCAGAAAUCUCCAGCCGAGUUCUUCGCCGAGAACAAGAAUAUUGCGGGAUUUGACAACCCAGGGAAAUGCCUAUACACUACAGUGAGAGAACUUGUUGAAAAUUCGCUUGAUUCAGCGGAGUCCAUUUCUGAGCUUCCCUUUGUAGAAAUUACAAUGCAUCACUAGUCUUAACUUCAAUUGAUUGCUGCAGUGAAGAAAUAGGGAAAAGCAAGUUCAAUUCAAUGAUUGGUCUUGUUGAUCGGGAGCGAGUUGAUGAGGAACUUUAUGAUGAUUAUGAGACAGCUAAGGCUCGUGAGAAAAGAUUAGCUAAGGAAGCUCGUGCUCAGGAAAUGCAAGCAAAGAAUGCUGCGCUUGGGAAGAAAGUCAAAGAACAACCAUCUGCAAAGGGCAUGAAGGGUCGAGGUGAGGCUUCAUUUUACAGAGUCACAUGCAAGGAUAAUGGAAAAGGAAUGCCACAUGAUGACAUCCCAAAUAUGUUUGGACGGGUCCUGUCUGGGACAAAAUAUGGGCUCAAGCAGACACGUGGAAAGUUUGGUCUCGGUGCAAAAAUGGCAUUGAUAUGGUCCAAAAUGAGUACUGGACUUCCUAUUGAGAUCUCGUCGUCAAUGAAGAACCAAAACUAUAUUUCAUUCUGCAGGCUGGAUAUAGAUAUUCAUCGGAACGUUCCUCAUAUUCAUUUUCACGAAAAAAGGAAAAAUGAUGAUAGGUGGCAUGGAGCUGAAAUUCAAGUGGUGAUUGAGGGGAACUGGACAACUUACCGUUCCAAAAUGUUGCACUACAUGCGCCAAAUGGCUGUUAUCACUCCUUAUGCCCAAUUUCUUUUCAAAUUUAUAUCAGAUACAUCUGACAAAAAUGUAACUAUAAACUUUGCACGGAGAACAGAUGUAAUGCCCCCUGUUCCCCUGGAGACAAAGCAUCAUCCAUCAUCUGUUGAUUUGUUGUUGAUCAAACGCCUAAUUGCAGAAACUUCAAAACAGAACCUUUUGCAGUUUCUUCAGCAUGAAUUUGUAAACAUAGGAAAGGCACAUGCUGAACGAUUAAUUGGGGAAAUGGGUCCAGAAUUUAGCCCAAAAAUGCCCAUUAAGUCUCUGACUGAUCAACAGAUAGUUCGGAUCCAUCAGUUGUUUCGUCAAGCCAAGUUUGAUGACCCCACUGGUGAUUGUCUUAGUCCUGCAGGGGAAUACAAUCUUCGUCUUGGAAUUAUAAAGGAGCUGCAUCCAGACAUGGUUGCCACUUAUUCAAGCAGUGCUCAAGUUUUUGAGGGACACCCAUUUCUUGUGGAGGCUGGCGUUAGCGUGGGUGGAAAGGAUGUUAAGCAGGGAUUGAAUAUUUUUCGGUUUGCAAACCGCAUACCACUCCUUUUCGAGCAGGGCGCUGAUGUUGUCACCAGGACUGCCCUUAAGAGAAUCAAUUGGGCUAGUUACAAGAUUAACCAGAUACAAGACAAGAUAGGCGUCUUUGUAAGCAUUGUGAGCACAAAAAUCCCCUUUAAAGGGACUGGAAAGGAGUACAUUGGAGAUGAUAUCACUGAGAUUGCUACUGCUGUCAAGUAUGCCAUUCAGCAAUGCUGCAUCCAGCUAAAAUCCAAAAUUAUGAAGAAAAUGCAGGCUCGGGAGCAACAGGAGCGGAAACGAAAUUUAAGCAAGUAUAUUCCUGAUGCUUCAGGCGCUGUAUAUGAUGUUUUGAGAGAAAUGGCGCAGUUACAUGCAUCAAAGAGGAAAUGUUUUGAGGAAGAGGAUGCUGAUAUACUUGAAAAAGUAUCAGCACGUUUGAUUACAAAAGACACGCUCACUGAAAAGCUUGCUCAGCAUGUUGAAAAGGUGGACUACGAAAUGGCAUUGGAGUAUGCUACACAAAGUGGAGUGAGUGAGGAACCAAGAGAAGAUAUAUAUAUCCAAACGCUUGAAUCUGAAAACAAAUUCAUCGACUUCCAUAGUCCCAUCUUUGUUUUCAGACUCAUCUCUUAGGAAUUUAGGGAUAUUCUUUGAUUACCUUCUACAUCUGCAUCAACAUAGAUGGAAGACUGUUGUUACACAGGUCAUUUCAUUAUUUAACUUGUUUGUGAUAAAAGGAAAUUAGAUGUCGAUUGUGAUUUGUAUGAAUGAUUUUUUUUUCUUCCCAAAUACUGGUGAUGUAUUGUAUUGUAUUGUAAAUCAUCUAGAAGAAGCUGUGUACAUGCAGAGCAGCUUCUUUGUUUACACGUUCUGGUGGAUCAGUGUGAAAUUUGAUGACCAUAUUAUAAAUUCAUAAAGAGAAAAGGAUAGGGUUCAGUUUGAUUUUA